AUGUCUUCCAAGAAUUAUGAAUUAUCAGAUGACGAAGAAGAACAUUACAUAUUUGUUGAGUUUGACGAUAGCGUUAAACUAGAAAAAUAUAGAAACAUUCAUGUUAUAGGUAUUGAUACGAAAAACCCUUUAAUUCAGUUAGAUAACACAUUUUUCUCAGGUACCUAUGAAAAUCCAUUAGGAACUCAUAUUUUUUUUGAAGAUGAUCCUUUAGCGCAAACAAGUGAUCCACUAUUCGACAAGUUACCUGAAAGAAGUCUUAAAUAUAUGGCAAAAUCAAGAAAAACUGUAAAAGCUGAACAUGUUUAUAUAAAGAUGAAAGAAGGAACCGAAAGUGAAGCUCAAAUCAAACAAGAUAAAACAGACCAUGAGAUACCCGCAGUUGCAUUUACUUCAGUGGCAGAAGCUGUAGAAAGAUUUAAAAAAGAUUGGAUGGCAUCACACCCUGAAUUGUUUAAUAAAACAAAGUGA